AUGUCCAAUCCAUACUCAUACAACUCUUACCAGCAGUACUCUCCCUCUAUGGGAGAUGGCCAGUUGAGCAACACGCUGCCCAGCUUCCAUCAUUUGCAGUAUUUGGGAGGAGCUUCAGGAAGCUCCGGCUCGUCUACUUCCUCGACAUCCUCGUCCUUAUCCAACUACUCCUUGCACAACCCCCGCAUGCGUUACUACUUGUCCAAGUCGUUUGACGCCGAGGACGACCUUGAGUUCUGUCCAGACAUUCCUGAGUCGGUGCCGCUCAACUCGAGUCCAACCUUCAAGAAGUUCAACCCAUACACAGCAUCGGUAUUCUCACCCACAGCCACCCAAGGUGACCAGCCUAUGUCGAACCCUUCUUCACCUAGAGUGCUUACUCCCAGAAUCAAGAAGCCUAUCGACAUUGUGAAUCCCCAUACGAAAGCUCGUAUUGGCACAAGUUCUCCCGCAGUCUCAAAGUAG